UCCAGAGUCACGUGUCCCACGCCCCAGAUCAGGUGGUAUUACUGUGACCAGCCUUAUGCCAGGUAAACACACUCCAGAGUCACGUGUCCCACACCCCAGAUCAGGUGGUAUUACUGUGACCAACCUUAUGCCAGAUAAACACACUCCCGAGUCACGUGUCCCACACCCCAGAUCCCGUGGUUUUACUGUGACCAGCCUUAUGCCAGGUAAACACACUCCAGAGUCAUGUGUCCCACACCCCAGAUCAGGUGGUAUUACUGUGACCAGCCUUAUGCCAGGUAAACACACUCCCGAGUCACGUGUCCAACACCCCAGAUCACGUGGUAUUACUGUGACCAGUCUUAUGCCAGGUAAACACACUCCCGAGUCACGUGUCCCACACCCCAGAUCACGUGGUAUUACUGUGACCAGUCUUAUGCCAGGUAAACACACUCCAGAGUCAUGUGUCCCACACCCCAGAUCACGUGGUAUUACUGUGACCAGUCUUAUGCCAGGUAAACACACUCCAGAGUCAUGUGUCCCACACCCCAGAUCACGUGGUAUUACUGUGACCAGUCUUAUGCCAGGUAAACACACUCCAGAGUCAUGUGUCCCACACCCCAGAUCACGUGGUAUUACUGUGACCAGUCUUAUGCCAGGUAAACACACUCCCGAGUCACGUGUCCCACACCCCAGAUCACGUGGUAUUACUGUGACCAGUCUUAUGCCAGGUAAACACACUCCAGAGUCAUGUGUCCCACACCCCAGAUCACGUGGUAUUACUGUGACCAGUCUUAUGCCAGGUAAACACACUCCAGAGUCAUGUGUCCCACACCCCAGAUCACGUGGUAUUACUGUGACCAGUCUUAUGCCAGGUAAACACACUCCAGAGUCAUGUGUCCCACACCCCAGAUCACGUGGUAUUACUGUGACCAGUCUUAUGCCAGGUAAACACACUCCAGAGUCAUGUGCCGUACCAGCCUUUGGUACACUGAAGAGUUUGUCCCCACUCUAGUAAAAACACAAGCUUGGAAAGUAAUAGUUUGGCCACUAAAUUAUUUUAGAACUAGCUAUACUAUACUAUACUAUAAUGUACUAAUACUAACACUAAUACUAUUACUAAUAUUCUAUACUAUACUAUACAGCUAUGCUUGACUGAGUAAAGUUUAUAAGGUUAUGACUAAGCCUUUAUUUUGGUUUCUUGUCAAGAUUUGCACUCGGUGUGUUUUAAUCCCACAAGUCAUGACAUUUAAGCCGUUCUUUAGGUUGCUCAGAUGAGGCGAUAUCAUGUUCCACAGAUUAGAUCAUUGGCUAACAGGAUGUUUAAUGUGGGUUAAGAUACUGGACUAGUACUCAGAAGCUUGCCACUGUGGCCCUGAACAAGGCCCUCAAGUCAUAACUGUAAUUGAGAAAUACAAAUGUUUGACAAUUCGACAGAAUUAUGGAUUAAUUAAUUACGAGUGGUGGAAUGAAGUAAUUUGACUAUCAUGUGAUUGGUUCCUAAUACCCAUAUGACCCUGGGAUAUUAUACAGGCACAGUGUAGAUAUUCUACAUGUUUUCCACCGUAGAAACCAAGUGAGUCGUUACUUGUUGCUCAGUUUGGACUAAGUCAGUCCAGGAUAACACUUGUUCUAACACACUGCUAAAUCUUUAUUUAGAUCAGUUUAUGUUUUCUAUCUUACAGGACACUUUUAUCUCAGAUGACUUACAAUUAUGACUGAACACAGUUCAAGUGAUUGAGAAUGAAGGGUCUUACUCAGGGUCCCAACAGUGGCAACUUGGCAGUAGAGGGGCCUGAAGUGAUAAACUCUGCCACAUAGUAUCAGACUUUUAUUCCAAUGCAUGCAAGGAAUAGUUUACCUUUCUGAUAAGGAUAUACACAGAGCUUAGAGUAUGGAGGCACUCGUCAGGCUGGGACAGAAGCCCGGGGUGGCGGCGUACCCCAGCAGUGAGAACUGCUGCCUUCUGGAGGGUGUUAAUUUUGCCAAACAGACAUUCCACCUUUCAGGAUCCUUCUGCCUCCAGUGGGAUUGCGUAAAAAUGCUCCAUGUGUCCCAUCAUGCCUGCAGUGCACACAUUUACAGAGAGAACGUCAGAAUAGUUGUUUCUGGCCUAAACGGCUCAUGUUUUUGCUUCACAGUUACUCUGAAUUUCACAGUGAUGCGUAACAUGGGCGUUAAAUAAACCAAGGUAACAAAGUACAGUACAGGCACGAUGUUAUCCAUGUGCAUGCUGGCGUGUGCUGAACCUCAAUGUAGCAGUAGAAGGAGAUUAAAGACACUAGUCAUGCCUCUCACUUAUUCAGUGAACUUCUGCUACCUGCCUGCCCGUCACAUGCGGACGCUGUAAAUAAAUAAAUAAAACAAAUCUCUUUGUGACGUAGAUCUCUUCGUAACAUAAACGUAAAUGCAUUUUUUAAAGAGUUGUUUGACUUGACGGUCCUUUGGAUCAUAGCAUAUACGUCCUGCUUCUAAUGUCAAAGCAUUGCAAAUCUGUUGUCGUUGAAGACUUCACUGAUGUUGUGUG